GGAUCUAAGGUUUUUGGUUGAGAUGAAAAAGUUAGUGUGACGAGCAGGAUUAGAACCCAAGACAUUUGGCUCAAUGCGCUGCUGCUCUAACCACUUAAGCUAUCGUCUGCACUUAACCAUAUCCAAAGCUAGACUGGAGAUGCUAAGCCCCCUCCAAAGAGUAUCUCCCAGGCUCCGGAGAAAGUAUGCCGGUCAAACGUCUAUAAGAGGGACCUCAAGUACCCCGACCUUGCACUUGAAUCCAAGCAGCCAUGAACGCCGGAUUGAAACUGCUGAUAGGCGCAGCCGCGUUGGCGGUCGUCGUCGAAUGUGUAGUCAACUACCCUCACCAUCAAAGCAAUCGUCAUCCCUGGCCGACACAGGUACGAGUUCACAGAUCUGGUCAGCCUGGUCAAGUGGUGCGCUACAGGAGCCCAGUGAAGAGGGUCUACGUCCCACUCAAGUACAUCCCACACCAUGGUAACCUCCCUAUCAACAGGAAUCACAGGAAUCAGCCCGUUAACAAAAUAAGAUAUGGACCGCCUCCGAACAAAAGAAGCCCGGCGGCACCUCCACCCGGCUGGAAAGCUAAAAGAAUCGGUCCGCCUCCUCCAAAUUUCGGACCACCGAGGAAGAACAGGACAUCGAAACCCAAGCACAACAAAACCUACAUUAAGAACGUUCCGACUAAAUACGACAGCUACAAACCGAUAAAUCCUCAAGUUGUAACUGACAGCUACGGAGCUCCAAAGAAUCAUCAUGUACAGCAGCAGCAGUACAAGAUCACCUCGACGACCUACGGUAUCCCUCACCCUACCCAAGGAUCACCGGAGCCUCCCAAAAAAGAAGACGUGGCCACUUCGUACGUCAGCGUUUUCCAGGGCGACUACCAUCAAGAUCGUGAGCUAGAGGCAAAGACGUCGUACACUUUCACCAAUACUCACUCUUACCCGGAAAAGCACAAGGGAAAGGUCUACGACGACCUGUCCAACCACAGGCCGGUCUACAAUCAUUCUUCGAACGACGAGCCGACCAACAAGGGUUUCCAGCCGCCAAAGCAGACCUUCGGAUUCCAGCCGUACGACGACAUGGAAGAUUAUCAGACGAGCUCGGCCAAAGAUUAUUACAAAUCAACAAGCCAGUCAAGCCCGAAGCCGUCCAAAUCACAAAACACCGAAGAAUUCCUCUCGCCUAGCUAUUACGACCAAAAAUCGUAAUAUGUGACAAAAUCGUUCCUCCGCUUCCUCCUCACUCCAUAAAAAACUUGUUUUUUUAUAU